GCCCCGCCGGGCCUGCUGAGCCGCCCCCUGGCCGGGGCCGCGCCGGGCCGGGCCGGGCCGCGCCCAGGCGGGGCCGCGCUGCCUGCAUGACCCUCCGGCGGCGCGGGGAGAAGGCGACCAUCAGCAUCCAGGAGCAUAUGGCCAUCGACGUGUGCCCCGGCCCCAUCCGGCCCAUCAAGCAGAUCUCCGACUACUUCCCCCGCUUCCCGCGGGGCCUGCCCCCGGACGCCGGGCCCCGCGCCGCUGCGCCCCCGGACGCCCCCGCGCUCCCGGCCGCGGCCAGCGCGGGCCGCCGCAGCCCCUCCGACGGCGCCCGCGACGACGACGAGGAUGUCGACCAGCUCUUCGGAGCCUACGGCGCCAGCCCGGGCCCCAGCCCCGGCCCCAGCCCCGCGCGGCCGCCCGCCAAGCCGCCCGAGGACGAGCCGGACGCCGACGGCUACGAGUCCGACGACUGCACCACCCUGGGCACACUGGACUUCAGCCUGCUCUACGAUCAGGAGAACAACGCCCUCCACUGCACCAUCAGCAAGGCCAAGGGCCUGAAGCCGAUGGACCACAACGGGCUGGCGGACCCGUACGUCAAGCUGCAUCUGCUGCCAGGAGCCAGUAAGGCAAAUAAGCUCAGAACGAAAACUCUCCGGAACACUCUGAACCCCACGUGGAACGAGACCCUAACGUACUACGGGAUCACGGACGAAGACAUGAUCCGAAAGACCCUGCGCAUCUCCGUGUGCGAUGAGGACAAGUUCCGCCACAACGAGUUCAUCGGGGAGACGCGUGUGCCCCUGAAGAAGCUGAAACCCAACCACACCAAGACGUUCAGCAUCUGCCUGGAGAAGCAGCUGCCGGUGGACAAGACGGAAGACAAGUCCCUGGAGGAGCGGGGCCGCAUCCUCAUCUCCCUCAAGUACAGCUCGCAGAAGCAGGGCCUGCUGGUCGGCAUUGUGCGCUGCGCACACCUGGCCGCCAUGGAUGCCAACGGCUACUCGGACCCCUACGUGAAAACAUACCUGAAGCCGGAUGUGGACAAGAAAUCCAAACACAAGACGGCGGUGAAGAAGAAGACCCUGAACCCGGAGUUCAACGAGGAGUUCUGUUACGAGAUUAAGCACGGGGACCUGGCCAAGAAGACCCUGGAAGUCACGGUUUGGGAUUACGACAUUGGAAAAUCCAACGAUUUCAUUGGCGGCGUGGUUCUGGGCAUCAACGCCAAGGGCGAGCGCCUGAAGCACUGGUUUGACUGCCUGAAGAACAAGGACAAGCGCAUCGAGCGCUGGCACACGCUCACCAAUGAGCUCCCGGGUGCCGUGCUCAGCGAUUGACCGGCCCACCUGCCGCCGUGCCCGCCCCCGCCCUCCGCUGGCCCAGCGCGGGCCUGGCCCUGGGCUUCCUCAGCUGCCACCAAGGGCCUUUGCCCCCCUGUUGGGGGAGAUCCAGGACACCUGCUUGGACACAGAGCCACUGUAGCCCCUGCUUGGAGGCCGCGGAGGGCCCAGCCACUCUGAAGGACAAUGAGAGCAGAGAGCCGGGCCUGCUUUCAGCCUCCGGGGCCGAGAGGGCCGGAGGUGGGAGGAGAGGACCAGGCCCUCACCCACCUGGGGAAGGGGAUGGGACCAUCAGGGUCGAGGACCUGCUAGAGGUCAGCAGUAAGUCACCGGGGACCCCAGGCUGAGAGCACAGGAGUGCAGGUGGGCCCUGGCAGGCCAUGAGAACUCCUGAGAGGGACAGUAGGGAGGGGCGUAGGGGGGAAGAGAUUGAGGACAGGGCAGGGCAGGACUCUGAAGAAAAUUUAUUCCCAAAAGGAGGUUCUGACUUCCUCAUCCCUUCAUCUCUGGCAUUACUGGGCAGGCGGAAAAAAGUUGACACGAGAGCCAGGAUAUUGGUGAACUUCCUAGAGGCUCCCAAGAACACUGGAAAUUGGCAGGUGCUUCACUCAAUGAUUCCACGAGCCCCUGGGGAUGCAGCAGACCCAGGGCCUGCCCUCAGGGAGGUCCUGUCUAGUCAGGAAGCUGGAAACAACCCAUUAUAACAGGAGUCAGGGAUGCCAGGCCAGCCUGGCCCGCCUGCGAGGGCUGUGGAUUC